AUUUUACCCAGAGUACACCGGGAAACAGACAGGGGAACAUGGCGCAGGGUCGAUGAGGAGGACGCUGAACAUCGAGGAUUAUAUUACGUGGAUAUUUUUGAGAUCAUGCUGAAAUCCUAAAAUGAGAGUGUGAAAUGGUCUCACUUCCGAAGUCUUGGAUAUCUAUCACUGCCCCUUUGAUGAAUAAGAGGAAAACGCGUCUCAGGAAUACCUGCAAUUGUAUUCAUAAACAUUUCUUUAGGACUUACAACCCCUGAGCAUUGUUUUGGAUUCACAAACGUCACAUUUCAUUUGAUUAUUACAUGGGAAGAUGGCUGAGACAAAUAAAAGGAACAUAGAGGUCCUACAAGGAGUUGACAGACUUCGGGUGGAGCAUAAGAAGGUGGUGAAAGGCUGCGAAGUUCAGAUCCAGCACUGGGAGAAGGUAAAAGGUGACUAUGAAGCCCUUGAGAAUCAACUCAAAACUCUUCCAGAUGAGGUGUCCUAUGACAUCAUGGUGCCAUUUGGCCCUUUGGCAUUCAUGCCUGGGAAGCUGGUCCAUACCAAUGAGAUCACUGUGCUACUGGGAGACAACUGGUUUGCCAAGUGCUCUGCCAAGCAGGCCCAGAAGCUCUUGGAGCACAGGAAGAAACAUGUAAGGAGUGCGCUGGAUGACUUGCACAAGACGAAGAAGAACUUUGAAGCCAGAGUUGGGUUCACAGAGGAUCUUGAAAAACUCUCAGGCGCUAAAGGGGACUAUGUGGACAUCAGAGAAGAGGUUGAAAGUAUUGAAGAAUUUGUAAGCAAAGGAAAGCAGCGUGUGGCCCUUAAGCCCCACACUAAGCCCAAAAUGGAGGCUGUUGUGAAGAUGGAGGAGGAGGAGGAGGGCGGUGGAGAUGGAGGGAGUAGGAGAGGAGUGCUGUCCGAGGAGGAGCUGUGGGCCAGACUGGAUGAGCUGGAAGCAAAAGAGAAGCUUGAGGAGGAGCAUGACCGACACUUUGGAAGUGCAGACACCAACGGCAAUGACGACACAACAUCCUCCUCUGAGGAAGAGAAGGAGGGAGAUGGUGGCGGCCAUCAUCGCGUCAACGGACAUGACGAGAGGAGUGAAGGCAAGAUGACUGUGCCUCACAACAGUGGCCAAUUUAACGGUACAACCAGGGACAGGGAGAAGGAGGAGGAGGAAGACAAGGGAGAGGAGGAGGAAGGCAACGGUUUGCCUACCAUCUAUUUCUCUCAUACGGUGGAACCCAAGAAGGUGAGGAUAAACACAGGGAAGAACACCAUGUUGAAGUUCAGUGAGCUGAAGGAACAGAAGCAGCAAGCCAAGAGGAAAAAGAAGAUCGGCACCAGCAAUGGUCACUCUCACCACGGGCUCCACAACAUCACCACGCCCACAGACAUCUACAGGUUGUUUGUGGAUGUGAAGAAUGGCGAGCCCAUCCCCAGGAAGUCCAUCCUAAAGUCCCGGAGCAGAGAGAACAGCGGAUGUAGCGACACCAGCGAGAGCAGCGCUGCCGACUUCGAAGAGCGCAGGACGUUCGGACGCACCCUGAGCCACGACGAGAACACAUGCAGCGACACCAGCGACGGCAUCACCGAGGAGGACAGCCCCACCGGGAACCCUCUACACCCCACCAGACGCUUCGAGGCCUUUUCAUGCACAGUGGUGGAGAAGGAGCCCAUUCCCUUGUCGAUCCCCCACCUAACCAUCGUCCCUCCAGCUCUGCCCACAAUCCCAGAGCGGAAGCUGGAGGAGGUGGCCCCCGACGCCCCCCGUGAGGCCCCUAAGCGGGUGUCCAAGUUCAAAGCUGCCCGGCUGCAGCAGAAGUGACCCUGCAAAGCCAGUCUCCAGGAUUCACACGACUGGCCCCUUUUUAACAUAGAUGUUCUACGCCAGCACUUUGAGUUGGACAGACUGUGAACCCUCCCUAAUAUCUGCCAUGUCUCUUCUUCUUUUGUCAUCACUCUUCAAGCCUUUAUUCUUCUCUUUCAUAAUGCUUUUCCUGUUAGUACACAGGGUAUCUAUUACAGUAGGACUGUUCUAUAAGAGGCAGUACUCUGUAAGAGUAGCAUAGCAUUGUUUAGGACGCUUGCGCUUAACCAUUUACCUGCCUUGUAAGGAACAUCAAGCUUUUGUUGCUAAGUAAGCACUUCAUUGCAAUAUGUAUUUAAGUCAAGAGGUUGUUUAUUUAGAGCCCUCAUCCUCCAACAUUAUGGCACUACACUAGUCCACACUGCCUAGGUGCUCAUUUUAUGGUGGUUGCUCUCGUGUCAGUGUCUUGACAAGGCCAGUGGUUUACCACUCUAUUUGUUUGAUCCAUCAUUUUGCCUGCUAUGCUAAAAACGACAUGCUCUGUGUCAUUUAUUUUUUUCCUUUUUUUAUUUUCUACGAUUAUUCUACACAGGGUCAUAUGCUGACUGCCCUUUAUUGUCCCCAAUCCCCUUGUACCUGCCUAAUGCCCACCUCUGUGACCAGCUUUAUGUCAGAAUAAACAUUGUUGUAAACUGGAAGGAAAAUAAAAGAUUUUGUGGAAAAAGUCA